ACGUGGGCGCGCAUCCAAAGGGACUAAAGUGCGCGCUCUAGAUCCCGGUCCUUGGAGUGAGCACGGAGAGGGCGUAGGGGUGUUUAACGUUAAGUUUAAGAAAGAGAAAGUAGAAAAGGAAAAAAGAAAGACGGACUGAUGGAUUUUUUAAUAGGGAGCCCAUUCGCCACCCCGGUUGGACAUCGAAUAGAACGUGCCACAAGUUCCUCCCUGCAGUCCGAGGACUGGGGUCUCAACAUGGAGAUCUGUGACAUCAUCAACGAGACAGAAGAGGGGCCGAAAGAUGCAGCCAGAGCCAUAAAGAAGAGGAUUGCAGGAAACAAGAACUUCAGAGAGGUCAUGUUGGCUCUGACCGUUCUGGAGACAUGUGUAAAGAACUGCGGCCACAGGUUCCACGUGCUGGUGUCGACCCGCGGGUUUGUAGAGGGAGUCCUGGUCCGAGCCAUCAUGCCCAAACACAACCCCCCCAUGGUGCUCCAGGACCGGGUUCUGAGUCUCAUACAGGCGUGGGCAGAUGCGUUCCGCAGCUCUCCCUCUCUGACGGGGGUGGUGUAUGUGUAUGAGGACCUGAGGAAGAGGGGCCUGGUGUUCCCCACUGCAACAGACACCCUUUCUCCCAUUCACACUCCACGCAAGGAGGAAGUCAGGUCGGCUGUCGACGUCUCUGCCCCGCCCCAACGCCCCGCGGCCUCCCCCCACCGCAGGGGUGUGCCCACCACCUCUCCUGAUCAGGUGGAGAAGCUGCGGUCUGACCUGGAAGUGGUUCGGGGGAACAUGACCGUGAUGUCAGAGAUGAUGAACCAGAUGGAACCGGGUCAAGCCCAGCAGUCUGACAUUGAGCUCUUAGAGCAGUUGUACACGGUGUGUAAGUCUAUGCAGGACAGGGUGGUGGAGCUGAUCCCCAGACUCAGUGAGGAGGGUUUGAUAGAGGAGCUGCUGGCCAUCAAUGACGAGUUCAACACCACCUUCAUCUGCUACCACAGUUUUGAGGAACACUGCAGAGGACAGAAGUCGCAGGACCCUCCUGAAGAGGUCCAGGCCCAGGCUGCAGACCCCACCUGUGCUAACCUGAUCGACCUCUCCCCCGACACCCCUCCUGUCAGUCAACCAGUCCUACCUGCUGUUCCCGCCCAAGAGCCCCUCCUCAGCCAAUCACCUGUUAACACUCUCUCCAAUCAGAUGGCCGACCUCAGCACGGAUGCAGAUGACGAGUUUGACAUGUUAGCACUGUCGAGAACCAGAGCCCAGGCCCAGAAGAGAAACGGUGUGGAGAGUGGAGAGCAGAGCUCAGAGCCAGAUCAGAAUGGGGCUGUGGAUAGCAGCCAGCAGAACUCAGAGGACGAAAGCCCAGACUCCACCCCCCUCGGCACCUCGCCUCACAGCGAUUGGAUGAUAGCAAAGGGAAUGAUCCCUGUCAGUCAGGCCGAUGUCAUGGAUGACAUUGAGAAGUGGCUUUCUAUCGAUGUGGAGGAUGAUCUGAACGAUGGCGUGACCAGUGAGGAGUUUGACAAGUUUCUGGAGUUGAGAGCGCAGGCAGCAGAACACCUGCCAUCAAUCAGCGCUGCACGCCCUUCCACAGCCACCCCCCAGGCCCAGUCUGCCCAGCAACAGAGCCAGUCACCUGACCAGAUGUCCACUCUCUGAAAGGGCGGCGACUGAAAAUGUCCGUGAUUGGCUGACUAAAAUUCCGAAAAUUGUCAGUGUAUUGUAUAAUCCGUGCACAUACGCAAACGCACACAGUAGCAGCCUCGUAUCACACUGCACUUACUUUAAUGUGCCCUGAAAGAGUUGGGGUAGCAAUGCUGGUCCUGUACAGGGGAGACUCAUUUAUGUGAGGUGAGAGGGUGAAAACUGAGUGAGGCACCAUGAAGGGGCCGGAACUGUCACUGUGACAUCGGUGGAUACGCUAUUAGUGAGUAAUUAUAUUGGUUUAAGUGUGUCAGCCAUUGACAGCCUUGUAGCCCUAUCCAUUAUAGGGCUCUCCCACUGCUACCUGCUAAAAAGGUCAUUAUUUUCACUAUGUUUUUGGCCGUGCUGCUUUAGCUGCCAGUCUAAAGAUGAAUCAUUCCGCCAUUUGCUGAUUUUGUAUGCAUAAUUCCACCUACCUUUCCCCCCACUUUUAUGCCCUCCUCCCCAAAAUGGCUGUUAAUUGUAAUUCUAAUAACCAUAAUAAUGGCUAUUUGGAUUAAGGUUCCAGAGUGAUUUCUAAUCACUUCCCUAUAAUAGGAAUAAGUAAAUGUUGCCCAUGUCUGUCUCUUGGAUAUAAUUAAUGUUAUAUAGUCUUUGUGUCUACAGACAUCUCUCAGGAAGGUAGUGACCCUUAAUUAGUCCUUGAUUCCAAAUGUAAUUGCACAUGGGGCUAUGGGUGGUCUAUCCUGUUUAGUCAUAGUUUUAGUGUAUGGAUGGAUGGGCCCCAUGGUCUAGAAUUGAAUGUGGAUUGUGCCAGUAAUUGCUGCUGGGAAGAGAGGGCUCACGUCAGCUGGGAUGACAGCGUCUCCUCACACACUUCUGCCCCUGCUGGUUGAUUGGGUGUCUGCAGGCUAGCUGUGGAGAUGCACAUGAAGAGUCUUCCUCUGACUCAUGUCUGUGUGAGGCUGACUUCUCAAUAACGGUGUGAAAAGAGACAGAGAGGCUGUCUGCCAUCUCAAAAUGCUUAAUGAAAGCUGUGGCAGUGAGUGCUGGUUGGCGAUUCUAAAACUGGGAGAAAAAAGGGAUGUACAAUGUGGUCCGUAAGUGUUUGGACAGUGAAUGUGAAGUGGAUCUGUCCAUAUGGG